UUGGUCUUAUUUAAGAUGGCCGCCUAGUGCUCAGAAGUAACGCGGUAAUUACAUGUCAACAUGUCACUUCUUAGAGCGUGUGCCUUUGCUAAAUGUCUGAGCCGUCGUAGUUUGUUCGAAAGGUGUGCUGCUUGCCUGUCUGUUGCGGACUCUUGCCAGCUGUGUGCGUCGAUUAAAAGCAGCGCGGUGAGACGAAUAUCAGAAACUCCUUUGCGCUUUCAAAGAAGAAAUGUUUCACUUGUAAUGCCAAAGACAGAAGAUACAAAGAAACGUGUGCUGGAACAGUCUCAGUUGGUAGAAGUACUGAAGGCGAGGAUCCAGCAACUCCAAACCGAUAUCGUUCUAGAUGUCCAACGUGCUAAGGUGCAAUUUGUUAAACCUGGCUCUUCUGGAACAAGGGUUUCAUCUGGGAGGAUCCCUAAAAGUGUGACUCUAGAAAAAAGUGACAUUCCUAAAUUGGGACAGGUUGUUGUUAAAGGAGCUUCUAAAUCCCCGCCUACCCGCUGGAUGGAAAAAUUAACACAGGAGAAGAAAAACAAACUUAAGAAGCAACAGCACAUCCAACAGACAAUACAGAAGAAUGUCACGGAGAAACCCGUUGUCAAACGUAAGGGGGACAAGAGCAGUUUAAUGCACCCAGGAACGGCGCAUAAAAGUAUAUCGACCACACCAAAAAAAACUACAUCUUCAAAGAAGAAAAACAGAACACACACAAGAUUAGCUGAUGAAAUCCAAGCUGCCGUUUCUUCAACUUUUGCAGCAGCUGGAGCAACAAGCCUAUCACAUAAAGUCUCUAAAGUGACAAAUAAGAAGACUGUUACGGAUGCCCAGAGCUUGGCUAAAGAGCUGGCUGAGGUUAAAGAGCUGGCUGAGGUUGAGGACCUGGAGUGUAAACUCAGUCAGAGUACAGCGAGCCAUUGGGCAUCAUCAAAUAUAUCAAGGUUAUUGCAUGAGGAUUGCGAAGGAACUGCACGUAGGGACAUUCGGCUGAGCGUCCAGUCGUACCUGGAGGCGUGUGUGUUUGCAGGUGAACUUGACCGGGCGCACUGCUUCCUGCUGAGCCAGCACAGAGUUAGGAGUCGACGUAAACAUCUGAACACAAGUAUCUACAACAUUAUGAUGAGGGUGUGGGCCAAGAAGGGCACAUUACAUCACAUCGGACGCGUCUUUAUUCUGCUGGAAGAGGCUGGACUGAAACCAAAUUUGGCAUCCUACUGUGCUGCUCUGGAGUGUAUGGGUCGCAAUUCCAACUGCCCCCCUAGAGUGGUUUCAAGGUGUCUUAGCCAGAUGGAGGAGCAUGGCCUGCGUGUGGACGAUCUGUUCAGCCAGUGUGUGUUUCGACAAGAUGAGAGAGACAUGGUGCUAAAGGCCAUACGUAUCAUCCAGCCAGACUACGAGCCCAGCCUUGACCCACCCGUGAGCCAGUGCUCCUUACCCCUGAUUCAGGACUUCUACACCCAGAGGGCAGACCAUCACUACCCCAAACUGGACCUCACCCUGGAGGAGCUUCAGCAGCGUUUCAAACGUCAGCUUGACAUGGAGCAGGCCUGCACGGUCACCAUUGACUCUGUGGAGGCUGCCAAGCCUCUCACUGAAAACAUUACCAGAAUGAGGGAUCUGCUGGCGGAGCAACGUGCUCACUGGAAGAAGAUCCUGCUCCAGGCCCUGAGGGAGAGCAAGAUGAUCCUGGCUAAAGACAACACCAAAUACUACAGGCUUAACCUUUAUCCCUACCUCUGUGUGCUGAAGGACAUGGACUAUGUUGACAUCAUGAUACAGAGCGUUACCAACAUGCCUCCAAGUGGAGAGUCGCUAAGGCUCCUAGCCAGAGAUCUGGGCAACAGGGUCUACACCAUGUACUGUGUACAACAGAAGCACCAGAAUCAGGUGGUGGAGAAGCUGGGCAGCAUUUACAACACAUACGCAGACUUGCUCGCCAAAGAUGCCAAGGUGUGCACCGUCCUUCCCAGGGAGCAGUGGUUGAACCUGGAAGCAGAGCAUUGUUCAGGACCCACCCUGCAGAGGGGCGAAAUCAGCUGGCCAUACAUAGUAUCCCUGGAGCUCGGUACUUACUUGGUGGAUUUGAUGGUGAAGAAUCUCAAAAUUAAUAGCGACAUCUUGAACUCGGCCUAUGACAGGAAGCUGAUCCCCAUCCUCUACCACAUGUACACUUUUCGAAGCACCCGGCAGGUUGGCUUCAUCAAGCCGCACCCCAUUCUGAUUCAGAUGCAACAGGAAGCCAUGGAGACCAAGCUGACCUUUGACUCCUAUGUGAUGCCGAUGCUGUGCCCUCCUGUGCCGUGGACCUCUGUCAAGUUUGGAGCUUACCUGCUGACUCCAACCAAGCUUAUGCGCACAUUGGACGGCGCCGCCCAACAUGAAGUGUUAUUAGAGAAAUCCCAGAACCUCCAUGCGGUCAUGGACUCUCUCAACCAGCUGAGCAACUGUGCAUGGAAAAUCAACAAGCCCUUGCUGGAUACUAUCAUCUCUAUCUUCAAUGAUCGGGGCAGUGAAAAGCUAGACAUUCCUCCUCCUCUGUCAGAGGCCCCCAAAAUACCCCGCUUCAACCCCCUAGAUCCUGCUUAUACUGCAUCUGAGAAAGCCCAAAUGAGAAAGGAGGUGAUUAAGGCCAAGAAGAAAUGUGGUGAGAUGCACAGCUUGCGUAUGCAUGCUCUCUAUAAACUCUCCAUCGCCAAUCACAUGCGUGAUGAGAUUUUGUGGUUCCCCCACAACAUGGACUUUCGCGGCCGCACUUAUCCUUGUCCCCCAUACUUUAAUCAUUUGGGAAGUGAUGUGACCCGGGCCAUCCUUCUGUUUGCGGAGGGGAUGCCCCUCGGUCACAAAGGCCUGGAUUGGCUGAAGAUCCAUUUAGUCAAUCUGACAGGGUUAAAAAAGAGGAGCUCCCUGCAGGAACGACUGGAGUACGCCAACACUAUCAUGGAGGACAUACUGGAUUCCGCUGACAAUCCUCUAAAUGGUAAGAAGUGGUGGAUGAAUGCAGAUGAGCCUUGGCAGGCUCUGGCCUGCUGCAUAGAGAUAGCAAAUGCAGUGAGAUCUCCUGACCCAACCCAGUUCAUCUCCCAUUUUCCUGUUCAUCAGGACGGCUCCUGUAAUGGUCUGCAGCACUACGCCGCUCUAGGUAGAGAUGUUAUUGGUGCCACAUCAGUCAACCUCAUGCCCUGCGAUCUGCCUCAGGACGUGUACAGCGGGGUAGCACAGCAGGUGGAGGAAUUCCGAGCUCGGGAUGCCAAGGAUGGUCUAAAGGUUGCCCAGGUCCUGGACGGCUUCAUCAGUAGAAAGGUGGUCAAACAGACGGUGAUGACAGUGGUGUACGGGGUCACACGCUACGGGGGACGCCUGCAGAUAGAGAAAAGACUGAAGGAGAUUGAUGAGUUCCCCCAGGAGUAUGUGUGGGACGCCUCCCAUUACCUGGUACGACAGGUGUUCAGCGCCUUAAAAGAGAUGUUUACAGGGACCAGAGAGAUCCAGGAUUGGCUGACCGAGAGCGCCAGGCUGAUCUCCAAAUGUGGCUACGCCGUGGAGUGGGUGACGCCCCUCGGCCUGCCCAUCAUUCAGCCGUACCAUCGCACACGCCAGCAAUUGCUGAAGAGCAGCAUUCAAUACAUCAACCUCGGGAUUACCUACGAUGCCAAAGAAGCAGGCGGAAGAAUGAGGGAUACAGAUGAAGAGACAGUGAUGGAGAGCAGACUGGAGACGGACGACAGGGUCUGACAGCUGUCCUCCUCCUGUCUGCCGUCUGCAGUACACCGCAGAUCAAGUAGUGUGAAGGCCAGACCAGCAGCCACAGCACAGGGAGCUCCUGCGUGGAGCUGAGAGACGGGGCAGGGUGCCGCCGAGGCCGAGCGGCUCCUCUCACACUCGUCAGAGGAAGCGCUGGCGUUUCACAGGGCUGACAGUCGCGACUGAACCUGACUCCAUCGACAGGGCCCACUUUCCUCAGCUUCUCCGGCCUCAGAGACUCACAUACACAGACGAGCGCACGCGCAGUUGCACUUUCGUAAAUUACACGGCAUGUGAAUGUAGAUUUACACACACAGAAUUCAGGAAUCUUGUUUUUGUUGAAAAAAAAAAUGCAUUUCCAAGCCAAAAAUAAAAUGGACAGAAGGAAGAUCAGACUGACAGACGGCGUGUGUGUGCUGUGCUCUGGGUUCAGCCGCAGCUCUCUCCGCUCUGCCAGCAUUCCCAUUAGAGGAGCGUUCUGGUCUGUGGCAGCCCAGAGGAUUUGAAUGGCACAGGCUCAGGGUAAUAGGAACAUGGGAAUGCAGAUUGGCAGGAUGCUUUUUUUUUUUUAACUGCCAGGUCCAUCAUCGGUAGCAGCCAGGUUGCAUUUAAAUGACCUUUUCCUGUUUCUUCCCCACCGCUCUCCGUUUGCAUCACCUCAUUUUGACUAUUGUUUGAGGAGUCGUGCAGCCAGGGAUCCCCCUGGGAGCUCCAGUGGGGCAUAAAUAUUGAAGCUGGAACCCAUGCACACAAAGGCCUCACAGCAGACGUGCUGACUAUCAUAGCGGGGAAAGCGCAGGCGUUUGCAACGUUAAUUACGCUGUCAAUUUUACUCCAGUGCUCUUCUUGCCUAUUUAAUUACAUUUAAUUUGGGGUUACAUCGGAUAUGGAUUAUGCAUUUAAUUUCACCACAGCUUUGUACAUGCUGAGCUACUGCAUAUACUGAUUAUCACAAUCAUUAUCAUUUAAUAUUCCCAAGGGAACCUUUACUGUAGCCUUUCUGCUGAUUGACAUCUAAUAACCAUCAUCCUGGUUAUUAGUUGUUGUAGCUACAUGAACUAUAGACAAAAUUAUUCCUGUCCAAUAUAUGUCAGUAUAUUGUUGCUAGCUGUUCCCCAGGAAAUUAGUUGCUUACUUCAGGCCAUUUGUACUUAGCUGUAACACCCCAUAAUACUAAAAAGCAUCCAGUUACAGUGUUAAUGUGUGCUUUGGCUUUUUUUGU